GCAGUGAACAAAAGAGAGGUUUAAAGCCUAUUGGUUUUACUGCUGCUCAUCCUGCUUAAAGCUGCACUGUCUGCAGACUCACAGCUAAGCUGGAAGACUCUCAGAAACUCAGCAGCAUAUUUGUUAGUUGUCUUCCAUGUGCUGUAAACCUCUCACAGUGUGGUGUGGCCACAUCUUCCUGGUCAUGGUGGUGCACUGCUGUGAUGAGAGUGGAGCAGUUGCCCUUGGGCUCCUGUGCAUUUCAUUUAUUGCAGGCAAUAUGUGUGGUAACUGAAAUAAGUGCAAGUGCAUUUACAAAAAUGAGGGAGAAAUUAAGCUUCUCAUGAAAAGUAGAAGCUGACUUACUAUGAAAUGACAGCUGUAAAGCUGAAGCUGAAAGCUGAGUGAGCAGUUCAUGAUGAGCUUUCUCUGCUAUCUGCAGAUCGAUGUGAUUGUACGAUGCUGGCAAGAAACUCUGAGCAGAUGAAUUUGAACUGAGAGGACAGUUGCAGAGUUCCAUAGUACUCUUGAAAAUGUAAAGCAUCAGGAGAGCUGAGGAGAAGUCAAGGAAGUUUGCUCCCAAGGAAUGAGCAGCAGUGGAAAUGGAACAAGUUUAGAAGAAGACCUGUAUGCCUUACCUGUAAAACAGCCUCAGAGUUGUAAGGUGAAUUGUUGAGCUCCCCCCGGGUACUGUUUGUUUAAUGACUAAAAAGAAAGCCUUCGUGUCACUCCCAAGAGUCAAUAUCUGAAGUUAUGGAUUAACUAAAUUCCAGCAGAGCUCAUGGUGGAAGAAUAGAUCAUGCCGGUGCACACUGAGCAAAGCAGUGACUCCUGCCGCAGGAUGUGGAAGCUUGUCACUGUAGGGGUGCUGUUGGCAGCCUGCUCUUCACAAGUCUGUAGUGCCUCAAUAUUUUACAGUAAUAAAGAUGCAAACCAAGUCCUGAAAAUCCAGAAGCGGGCAAACUCUUUUCUGGAGGAGCUCAAACCAGGCUCCAGGGAGCGUGAGUGCCAUGAGGAGGUGUGUGACUUUGAGGAGGCCAGUGAGAUAUUUGAAACCAGGGAAGCAACACUAGAUUUUUGGAGCAAGUAUGUAGAUGGAGAUCAGUGUGACCCAGAGCCUUGUUCCAAUGGGAUCUGCAAGGACAAUAUUGGAACGUUUUCCUGCAUCUGUAACAAAGGCUGGGAGGGGGUUUUGUGCAAUUAUGAGACCAAAUACACCAACUGUUCUGUCAGUAAUGGAGGAUGUGACCAUUUCUGUAAGGACGACCCUGCCAACCAGCGCCGCUCCUGCAGCUGUGCAUCUGGCUAUCAGCUGAUGAAUGACCACACCACCUGCAAGCCUGUAGUGGAAUUCCCCUGUGGAAGAUUGAAAAUGGAAGACCUGGAAGCCGAAGCAGGAUUCAACAUUCGGCUCAUUGAGGGAAAAGCGGGAAGAAGGGGUAACAGCCCUUGGCAGGUCAUGCUGCAAAAUAGCAAAGGGAAAUUUCUGUGUGGGGGUGUUCUCAUCCAUCCUUCUUGGGUCCUAACAGCAGCACACUGCACUGAGGCAAGAGAGAAGCUCAAAGUAAAGCUUGGGAAGUUCCACCGCCUCCGCGCCGAGGCGGACGAGCAAACCAUUUGGGUUGAUAAAUGCGUGAGCCAUGAGAACUACACCAAGGAGACCUCCGACAACGACAUCGCCAUGCUGCACCUGGCCGAGCCCGUCAUGUACAACAAGUACGCGCUCCCCGUCUGCCUCCCCACCCGCCACCUGGCCGAGCAGCAGCUGACCAGAAGCGGCAGGCAGAUGGUGGUAACUGGCUGGGGCAGCACAGCCGACGACAACCACAGCUACUCUACCUUGCUCAGCUACAUUGCAAUCCCCAUCGUUCCCCGCAACGAGUGCGCCCAGGCGAUGCGCUAUACCGUCUCUGACAACAUGCUGUGUGCUGGCAGCUUAGGGGACAGGCAGGACUCCUGUACCGGGGACAGCGGCGGCCCCAUGGUCACUAAAUAUCAGGAGACCUGGUUUCUGGUAGGACUGGUGAGCUGGGGUGAAGGCUGCGGAAGAAAGGAUAAGUUUGGAGUCUACACCAAAGUUAGUCAGUACCUUGAGUGGAUCCAGCACCACAUAGAUCAGAUGUCACCUUCCUUGAAGGGCUGAUCCUGAUACUGAGAGCCUGGAAUAUCGUGGCUGUGUGCAGUGUGGUGUACUGUCAGAGCUUCAGUAUUAAAUGUAUGUGUUAACCUUC